AGUACGCUGCUUAGCUUGUCCUUUAACUGGGUAAAAACUGGACUGCAAUUCCCACAUGCUACCUGGUCCCGAUUUUGUUUCUACUCUCUUUCCUCCAGUGCUCAGCGGCCAGAGAAGAGGGCGGGGAAAGAAACACAGAUAAGCGGAGAUAGGCGUCAGCACAGCCUUCUGGGAAACCGAGUCCCGUUGGCGCGGAGGCUCCUGGGUGGAGGAGCUCGAGGAAGUUCUCGCGGCGCCGGAAGUUGUUACAAGGCGCGAGUGGGAGGAGUUGGGUCUGCGUCUUCCUCGGGGCGGGAGUCGCUUCUGUUAACGCGACGGACGGCAGUCUUGAGAGGGAGACUCCCAUCCUGACUCAUCCUCCUACUUCCGGACAUUCUGGGGGCUCAUCCGGCAUGGCCAGGGAGCCAGCCCUAGAAGGAAGGGAGACUUUCUCCCGGCUCCCUUGUGUCUCCUGCGGCUCUGCCAGACAGGAACAUGGAGGGGACGGAGAGGGAUCUUAAGUGAGAACUCUGGCCACCGAGUCCCAGUCGGCUACCACCAAGGAAUUUGUGACCCACAGGGAUGUAGCCAUGGACUUCACCUUGGAGGACUGGGAGCAGCUGGGGCUGGACCAGGGGGACCUGUUCUGGGACACGGCGCUGGACAACUACCAGAACCUUUUCCUGCUGAACCCCUGCAAACCCAAACUGACCUCCUGUCCAGAUGGUGGCGAAGAGCUGGAGGCCGUGGUCAGAGAAAGCCCAGAAUCAGAGGGCCUUGCUCCUUAUGUUUCGCCGCGGGGAGCGGGAGACACCUGCACUUACCCUCUUUCGGACAUGGCCGAAGUCAAGAACCGCCCUCUGGCACAAGACUUCUUGGAGGAAGGACUCUCCCAGGAGAUCAUGGAGACUUUGUCCAAGGAUGGCCUCGGGAACUCCAGUCUGGGGAAAGCCUAUGUAGGUGAGAGUUGGUUAGACAGUUUGCUAGGAGAUCCAGAAAGCCUUCUGAAGUCUGACGUUGUUACCAACAAGGGAAGUCCCACAGAAUGCAGGAGUCGCGAACUCCAGAGAGACCUCGGUCCUGAGCCCCUCCUUUCCGUGAGGGAGGAUUCUGUGAUGCGUGAUCUUCCUGAAAAGAGCCCAGCUAAGUCUCAGGAACGUGGGAAAGACUUUGGCUGUGACUUAGACCAGAGCCAGCAGGAUCCUGUCCAGGGAGGCGAGAAACUGUAUAAAUGUAGUGAAUGUGGGGAGAGCUUCAGUCAGAGUUACCAUCUCAUCCAGCACUGGAUUGUUCAUACUAAAGAGAAACCCGCUGUGCACGAAGAGUAUGAGGAAGGUUGCAGCCAGAGGUCUUGCCUCUUUGUGCCCCUGACACCUCACACAGACUACAAAUCCUGUGCGUGUAACGAGGGCGGGAAAACCUGCACUCAGAGCACACACCUUCUGUGGCAUCAGAAAAUUCUCACUGGAGAAGAACCACAUAAGAAUCAAGACAGUGACCCUCCGUCAGGUCUCAGCUUACAGCCUGCUGAGCAGCAGAAACCCUAUACAGGUGAUGAGUCCUACAAAGGUAACGAGCCUGGCGAGGGUUUCAGCCAAACCUUUCACCUCACCCAGCAUCAGAAGACCCACACUCAGAAACGCUAUGAAUGUGCCAAAUGCAAGGCGACCUUCAACUUCAGCAAAUACCUCCUCCAACAUCAAAAAACCCAUGCUACGAAAACUACCUCUGAGCAUCAGGAAUGCGGGAAGGCCUUCGGGCAGAGCAUGCUGCUCGCUGAACACCAGUCCAUUCACACCGGAGAAAAGCCUUAUGAGUGUGAUCAGUGUGGGAGGCCCUUCAGGAAUAUCUCGACCCUAAAGGUCCACCAGAGGGUUCACAGUGGAGAGAAGCCUUACAAAUGCAAUGAGUGUGGGAAAUCCUUCUACCGGAGCACUCACCUUAAUGAACAUCAGAGGAUUCACACCGGCUACAGGCCCUACAAGUGUCAUCAGUGCAUCAAGAGUUUCAGCCGGCCCUCCCACCUGAUUCGACACCAGUCUGUUCACGCCACAGGCAAGUCCUACUGCUGUGCCAGAUGCAAGAAAACCUUCAGCCAUAAUGAAUACCUUGUUCAACACCAGAAAAUGCAUGCUACGGAGACCCUCCACGAGUGUCAGGAGUGUGGCGAGCGCUUCUUCUGCAGCUCGACCCUAGCAUGCCACCAGAGUGUUCACGCCAGAGAAAAACAAGCACUUGGCGAGAGCGGGAGUAUCUUGAGUCAGGACUCAGAAUGGAGAGAACAUCCAGGGGUUGGCGAGAAGCACUUUAAGUGUAGCAAAUGUGAGAAAACCUUCAGCUGCAGCAAAUACCUGACUCAGCACGAGAGGGUUCACACCAGAGUGAAACCCUUUGAGUGUGACCAGUGCGGAAAAGCCUUUAGCAAAAGUACACAGCUCCUUCGCCACCAGAACAUCCACUCUCGAGUGAGGCCGUAUGAAUGUGGGGACUGCGGGAAGGCCUUCAUCCGCAGCACUUCCCUCACCAAACAUCAGGCCACCCACAAGAGUGAGCACCCCUUUACAUGUAAUGAAUGUGGAAAGACCUUCAGCCAAAGAGCACACCUCUCAGAACAUCAGUUAACUCACACUGAGGAGAAGAAUCUCUGUAAAUAUAGCAAGUGUGACAAAGCCCUUGCCCAAGGUAACGGCCUUACUCAGCAUCAGAGAACUGACGCCGGAAAGAAGUCCUUUGAGUGUGAUGAAUGCGACAAGUCAUUCCAUUUGAGUUCGUGCCUUUCUAAGCAUCAGAGAGAUCACACAGGUGAGAAACCCCACAAAUGCAGUGACUGUGAGAAAACCUUCAGCCUGGGUGCUCAACUUCUUCAACACCGGAGAGUUCACACUGGAGAAAAGCCUUACGUUUGUCAGAAAUGUGGGAAAGCUUUCAGCCAGAGCUCAUGCCUUUCUGUUCACCAGCGAGUUCACACUGGAGAAAAGCCUUAUGUUUGUCAGGAGUGUGGGAAAGCCUUCAGCCAGAGCUCGUGCCUUUCUGUUCACCGGAGGAUUCACACCGGGGAGAAGCCUUACGUGUGUGCUGAAUGUGGGAAAGCCUUUUCCCAGAAAGCAAAUCUGAUGCAGCAUGAGAGAGUUCACACUGGGGAGAAGCCUUAUGCCUGCAGGGUCUGUGGGAAAGCCUUUGGCCUCAGCGCCCAUCUCAGUCAGCACCAGAGGGUCCACACCCAAGAGAAACAGUAGUAAUGUCAAUAUUGUCAGAAAGCCCUCCGAUGCAGGUCUCAGCAGACAUCAGCAAGUUCAUACUUGAAGGUAACAAGGAGUUACUUAGCAGUAAGUGACAAGUAGCAAUACUACAAGGUCCCAGCAGCAGCAACAGGGUCCCAGACAUCUAAACACAUUCGUCUGGGCCCCAAGGUUGAAACCAUCGCACUGUAAGCUCCUCCGCCACGAAAUAAAUACAUCUCUUUAUUAAGAAGGAGCAAUUAGAAAAUUUGCACACAUGAGUCUCAUGAAAACACAGUAGUGGAGAAGCUGUGUAGAAUGGCAAUUCAGCGGUAGACUUGAGCCAGUCGGCUGAGUUAAACCCCAGCUCUGCCAUGUGCUGUCCGCGGGGAGAGCCAUGGGACUUCCUAGGGCCUCCGUGUCCUCACCUGUAAGAUUGGCACAAUAUGGUUACCUACCUCAGAAGGCUGUUGUGAGGAUAAAUGAAUAGAGAUAAAGGUGCACUUAGAACUGAGUGCCCAGCACAUAGUAAGUACUUACCAAAUGUGAGCUACGAGUACUCACGAGAUACAACAAAUAUAUUAAAAAAAAGGAAGAGUUAGCAAUCCUCUAUUUACUGCAGUUAAUGUUCUUACUAAUACUAUGCACGGCUUUCAUUUUUAAAGUUUUUCUUCAAAACGCCUCUGGCUAAAUUUGGUCCCCCAAACCCAGCACCUUGCUCUUUUCUUUAAAAAAAAAAAAAAAAAAAGGGCGGGAGCGGAGGGAGACGGGGUGCCUAGGUGGCUCAGUCGGUUGGGCGUCCGACCUUGGCGCAGGUCAUGAUCUCCCAAGUUCAUGUGUUGAGCCUCGUGUCGGCCUCUGUGCUGACAGCUCAGAGCCUGGAGCCUGCUUCGGAUUCUGUGUCUCGCUUUCUGUCUGCCCCUCCCCUGCUUGCACUCUGUCUCUCUCAAAAAUAAAUAACCAUUGAAAAAUUUUUUUCAGUCUAACUUUUCCUUCCCUCUGUUCUGUCGCAGUAUUUUCUUGACUCACCCACAGAAGCCAACAAGAGCAUGUAAACUAACACCAAAUAGCUAGAACUUUCCACUCCUAACCUCCAGAACGUCUCACUCAAAAGGACGUUCUCCCACAUAACACAUGCCCCUUCUUCCUGUAAUUUCCUUCCCCCACUUAAAGUUGGAUCUGUGGAAUGAGACCUAGUGUGUGGUGGGAGUUCCUCGUACUAGAAACCAUGGGAUUCAGUUGGGAAAGCUGCACUGGAUGUUGCCACGCGGUUCCCAGAAGAUGUGCUCGAUGGUGAAAACCGUGUAUGGAAACUACUGGCGGAAUGUUCCUCAUGCACCGUUUGUCCAAGAGCCAACCACUCACCAGGUGCUCUGCCAGGCUCCGGGGUGGGGAAUACCAACACGGCAAGCCCUGGUCUGGCUGUGAAACUCCUGGAAUCAAAGGGAAGCGGAUGGCCCCAUUUCCACAGAGAAGUACUGUUCAUUGACAAGUGACAUCCUAAAAUGCCACAUUCCCUCCUGUCACAGCAAGUUCUGGAACCGUGAAGGGUUGCUGGAUAGCCCAGGGAGGGCCCCAUCCUUCCUGCUGGAGCCCUCAAGUCGACGGGUCAACCUUGGCCAGGCCUGUUCUACAGCUAAGACACCACAUGGAACCAUGUGCCCUCUUGAGGGCACCUCCUCAGCUCUGGGUUUUUGUGUCCCACCCACUGAGUGACCUCGUCCCAUGUCUGCUGAAGCACAAAGAGAACUUUACGAAGACACUGACACUUUUGAUAUCAUUCAUAGUUUUGGUGCUAAAAAAGUUUAGGAGUAUGUGCUCUGAGUUCUUGAGUCUUUUAAACCUUGAAACUGGGGUGCCUGGGUGGUUCAGUCAGUUAAGCAUCUGACUUUGGCUCAGGUCAUGAUCUCAUGGUUCGUGAGUUCGAGUCUCAUAUCGGGUAAGCCCACACCCCACUUCUGCUGAGCUCGAGCCCCACUUUGGGUGAGCCCAGCAUCUCCCCUCCCCCGUUCUGCCCCUCGCUCACUUGUGCCCACUCCCUUUCAAAAAAAAAACAAAAAACCUUGCACUUUGAGUUCUGCCGGUUGGUUUUGUUGUUGAAACUGGGAACCUACACGCUCGCUACUGGGCCCACACCACAGCAGGGAGCAUAUGGGUUUUCAAAGGGCCAAAACACUGAACUCCCUGCACCUGGUCCCUGCCCCCAGAUCGCUGUGUAGUCUGGGCGAGACCCAUUCUAUACCACAGGGCAGGCCAGAGGCGGGAAACGUGUUCAACGAGAGUUUUGACACCAAAGAUGGAGGUCAGGGGUCCUGCGGCAAAUUGGGAACGUAGCGGGCGGACUCUCUAACUACUGACCUGUGUAGCUGUGGGCCAGCGUAGAGAUGGCUUUUAUGUGUAUGUGUUUGUUCGCCGAUUAAAGUUUUGAGUCUGUAUGCGUUGGUUGCUUUUUUCAGCCUGGUGCCGCGUACCUGGCCAGAUGCUGGGCGUGCAGAGGCUCCCAUCCGGGGCAAGUGCCCGCGUUGUGGGGGAGGAGGGCUUAUCCUAGUAAAAGCUGCCCCAUGAGGAGGGAUGGUCACGUCCAUUUUCCCAAAGUGUCGGUGGGGCAGGGGCCACCGGGGAACCAUACAGUUCCAGCCGGUCCUCAGAUACCUCAUCAGACAACACUUCAUUCUAGCACGAUCCUGACUGACGAGGAAGCACGGACAGCCUGUCGUUCUCUCCUCUCUAGUUACAAAAACACAGCAGUCCUCAAGCUCAGGCGAUCGUUGGAGCUAGAAAUUAAUCUUACUUUCCUCUCUUGGUGUUUAUUUUAGUUCCCCACCCCGCCCUUUCUGUAAUGACCAGAGAUGCUAGUUUCCCACUCAAGGGCAGUAGUAGAAAGCCCUCUUGAGAAAUAAAUUGAUUUGGGGUGCCUGCCUGGCUCAGUCGGAAGAGCAUGCGACUCGAUCUCGGGGUUGUGAGUUUGAGCCCCAUGUUAGGUGUAGGGGUUACUAAAAAAAUAAAGUUACUUAAGUAAAAAAGUGAGCUGGUUUAAAGGGAAAUGCAUGGCACGCGUUUAUGACAAAAAAUGGACAGUGGUGUCCAACUGAAUGAGGUGGGGAACGCGGAUGUGACUAAGGCCUGGCAUCCUGUCAGUGGAUAACCAUCGCCGGGAUAAUUGUGUCAGGACGAACCAGAUUAAUGCUGUGGCUGAACAGGUUUCACUCACCCGUGCUACGUGUCCACUGUGGAUCGGUGGCGGUGGGGAGGGGGUGGGGCUGGAACUCGAUCCACUAGAGAGGCCAGGCUUUCCUUUUUGAGUCUGUGCAUCCUUCAGGUCACCUGAGUGAGGAAGCAGCUUCAACACCUUGCAUUUCCCCGUCUCCCCCUUCAGGCAGAGCAGGACUCCGGCUCCGCCCUGGGGCGGGGGGACAAUGCAAAGUUUUUGCUGUAUUUUACUUACGGCAAACUUCCAUUCAUGGCAAGUGAUACUGGUUGUCCACUCGCAGUCGUGCUUGAAAGGCUUAAGGGGUGUUGAUUGAAAUAGGUGGGUGAGGAGGGUCCUGGUGCAGGCAGCUGGUGUCUCAGGCGGGCAGAAGGUGGCCAUUCUGUGGAACCCAAGCCGGUGGCGGCAUGCGGACACCUAACGUUGAGAAGAUCCUGCUCUAGGAAAACGACCUAGGAACCCACUGUAUAAAAAAAGAUGAAGGUGGGGGCGCCUGGGGGGCUCCGUCGGUUCAGCGUCCGACUUCGGCUCAGGUCACAAUCUCACGGUUUGUGGGUUCGAGCCCCGCGUCGGGCCCUGUGCUGACAGCUCGGAGCCCGGAGCCUGCUUCGGAUUCUGUGUCUCCCUCUCUCUGCCCCUCCCCCACUCAUUCUUAUUCUCACACACUCUCUCUCUCUCUCUCAAAAAUAAACAUUAAAAAAGAUGAAAGCGGAUGUGCCCUGGCCAAAGGGGUAUGAGGAACACUCCCCCCCCCCCCCCAACCGCCACAGCCCCGGGGCACAAACCUCUCUCUGUGAGGGGCUUUCGGAUGCUCCCUUGGAAAGAACACGAAGCCCUUUGACAAUAUCCCAGGCUGGGUUGAUCACCGAGAUCUGAGCACCCGGCAGAAAUCUUGUGGUGCUCCCUGCCAGGGGGACUCCCCAGGAGGCUGGGAAGAGCAGUACUCCUGAAGGAAGUGGCUCUCCACCUUGUGCCACCGUGACCCAAGUGACCAAUCCCCCGUGCACCUCACGGACACCGGGGUACAAGAUAAAAGCUGUUGGCGCCGCCGGUUACAGCGAACGCCUAUCACUCACCUUUCUGAGAUCCACCCUUCACCUCCCCGGCAGCCCUGUCUUCUCUUGGCGACACAUGUAGUUCGGCAUCCCCCCGUAUUCCCUCCCUGUUCUACGCAAAGGAUAUAUGGCCUAGUUUGGCCAGCCAGCCAUUCCCUCCCUCCGCCACUGUGAUUGAUGCAGAGAUGGGCAUGACCCAAGCUGGGCCAAGCACAGUGACUCUCGGAACCUUUGCUGAGGGGCGCCUGGGUGGCUCACUGGGUCAAGCCAAUGACUGUUUUUUUUUUUUUUAAUUAAAAAAGGGUUUUUUUAAUGUUUAUUUUUGAGACAGAGAGACAGAGUGUGAGCGGGCAAGGGGCAGAGAGGGAGACACAGAAUCCGAAGCAGGCUCCAGGCUUCGAGCUGUCAGCACAGAGCCCGACGCGGGGCUUGAACCCAUGAACUGCAAGAUCAUGACCUGGUCUGAAGGCAGACGCUUAACCGACUGAGCCACCAGGCACCUCUAAGUGUAUGACUUCUGAUUUCAGCUCACGUCAUGAUCCCACAGUUCGUGGGGUCAAGCCCCACGUAGGGCUCUAUGCUGACAGAGCGGAGCCUGCUUAGGAUUCGCUUUCUCUCACAAAGUAAAUAAAACAUUUAUUUUUUUAAUGGUUUUAAACUUAUUUUUGAGAGAGCGGGAAAGGGGCAGAGAGAGGGGGACAGAGGAUCCAAAGCAGGCUUUGUGCUGACAGCAGCAGGCCCAACGCAGGGCUCAAGUUCACGAACCGCAAGAUCAUGACCUGAGCUGAAGUCGGAUGCUCAACCGACUUAGCCACCCAGGCAUCCCAAUAAAUAAAACAUUUUUUUUAAAAAGCGUCUGACUCUUGAUUUCCACUUGGGUUGUGGUCUCAUGGUUUUGAGAUCAAGCCCCGCGUUGGGCUCUGUGCUGGGCGUGCAGCCUGCUUGGGAUUCUCUCUCUCCCUCUGCCCCUCCCCCUUCCUCUGUCAGAAAGAAAAAAACAA